AAAAAAAAAAAAAUCUUAUACUCUGUUUUUCUUUUUCAGUUUGCAAUAAUCUGAAGAAAAAAAAGUGUGGCUCGCCAAAUAGCUUAAUUAGCCGCCUUAAAUUAAACUCUUCGACCAUUUUAAAGAAAUUGUGGACCAGUAAAUUGUGGGGCAUAUAUAGUAGAUGCUUUGAAGAUUAUCAAUGGAAUAAGAGUAUAAAACAACUUAAUUACUAUCUUGAAGUUUGAAUCUUGCAGGGUUUGUUUUCUUGAAGUUUAAUAUUUUAGUUGAAGUAAGUUUUAAUCUUGCUAAUAUUAAAUAAAAAAAAUCAAUUGGGUAGUUGGUAUCUAUCUCCUGUUUUACAUAAAUGUGUUUUCUCGGGAUGCAUGCUUUUUUUUUUUGUUGUGUUUUUAUGAUGAUGGUCCCAAGAAUUUCAGUUCCUAUAUAAUAUUCACCAUUUCUUGUUUUCUUUUUUUAUAUAUUCAGCUUCACAACCUUAAUCGCAUUUCGAUUUUUCUUUCGGAUUUCUGGAGAAAUUUUUGUUUUUACAAAUGGGGUUUCUUGAUCUUCUUUCUACUGCUUCUACGCCUAUUCUCAAAGUUCUGAUAAUCACAGCACUUGGCUCAAUUCUUGCCAUGGAUUCUGUCGAUAUCUUGGGCCAAAGUGCAAGAAAUUACGUCAAUAAUGUUGUGUUCUUUGUGUCUAAUCCAGCACUUGUGUCGAGCAAUCUUGCACAAACAAUCACUCUCGAAAGCAUCAUUUCUAUGUGGUUUAUGCCUGUUAAUAUUAUCAUUACAUUCAUAAUUGGAGCAGCACUUGGAUGGCUACUUUUUUUCAUCACAAAACCACCUCCACAUCUAAAAGGCCUCAUCUUAGGUGUAUGUUCGGCAGGAAACUUGGGAAACUUGCCUUUGAUUAUAGUCCCAGCUGUAUGCAAAGAGAAAGGAAGUCCCUUUGGUGAUCCCGAUGUUUGCCAUGAAUAUGCGAUGGCGUAUGCUUCAUUAUCUAUGGCUAUGGGAACGUUAUUUGUGUGGACUUUCGUGUACAACCUACUAAGGGUAUUCUCGGAAGAUUCUGGUAACAAUAUUCCCAAAGAAACAGUAACCAUGAAAGAGGAUUUAACUCAAAGCUUGCUUCCAUCAUCUACAUCUAAUGUUAACAUGAUGGGAAAAGAGAAGGGGAUGUUAGGUACAAUGAAGCAACAUUUCGGGAACUUUUCAAGAGCUGUUAACUUAAAGGCGGUGUUGUCACCAUCAACCACCGGAGCUCUUAUAGGCCUCAUAGUUGGAAUGAUUGCCCCAAUUCGUAGGCUACUAGUAGGCACCGAAGCUCCUCUUCACGUGAUUCAAGAUUCCGCAUCCUUAAUCGGGGAUGCGGCGAUCCCGACUAUGACAUUGAUUUUGGGUGCUAACCUUUUAAGAGGUUUGAAAGGAUCAUCGGGUGUCUCGUUACCACUUGUGUUUGGAAUCGUAGCAGCUCGGUUAGUUUUGUUGCCAAUUAUUGGCAUUUUUAUCGUGAAAGGAGCGCUUUACCUUGGCUUUGUGCAUGCGGAUCCUCUUUAUGUUUACGUUCUUUUACUACAGUUUGCGCUUCCACCUUCUAUGAACAUUGGUACAAUAACACAAUUAUUUGGAGCAGGUGAAAGUGAAUGUUCGGUGAUUAUGAUGUGGUCGUAUGGUUUGGCGUCAGUGACACUCACCCUUUGGUCGAUGUUUUUCAUGUGGCUUGUGGCUUGAUUUGUUUCAAUUAGACACAUCAAGCAUAAGAAUGUCAAAGAGCCUAGAAAAGCUAGGGAAUUGCAUUUCUUGCACCAAAUCUAGUCAAAAAUUAAUUCAUUUGUAUUUGUUUGGUGGUGAAGAAUUGAGUGGAAGUUGAGCUUAUAAGGUUCAAAAAUUAAUUCAUAUGUAGUAUUAGUAUCUAUGUAAUUAAGACUAGUGAAAUAGCAAAAGGGUUUUUUCUAGUUAUUCGAGAUCAAACACAACUUGAGCUCCUAAAUCGUGUUUGUUUAUUGAGCAUGAUUUGUAAUGAAAACUUUCGAGCUCAUUGACGUAUCGAGUAAAGAUCAUCCUUGUCAUUUUACAAUCAUACAAACAAUAAAGGCAGUGGCACGUGCAAUUGAUAAAACCAAUAUAUGUAUCCAUUUGCGGGUUAAAUUUUCACAUGUACUCGUUACCACAUAGUGAAACAACAAGAAC